CCCGAUAACUUUCUUCUCUUACCACUACUGCUCUACUCGGAAAUUCAGAAGACAAACACGAAGAUAUUGCAAGCGCGCCCUUCUUCACCAAGGAUCGCCUGACAUUAUCUUCUCGUCGCGAAUUCCUCUUCUUCGCAACUCAGGCGUCGCACAAGGUGGGGCGCUAUGGUCAGGGUAGUUGAAUCCAAAGGCGUACUAGACGAAUAUCUCUACCAUCGUUCGCUAAAUUCUUCUGAAAUGGUCCGCAUCUCCUUCGUAAAAAUACCGCCCCAGAGCUACAUUCCUUUGGUAGCAGAACCGCUGCAAAUCGAGCAUACCCACCCUCACCAACUACCCAUUCGCGAAUCCUCUCGCAAUGAACCAUCUUGGAGCGCUUGAUCAUUUCCAUGGCGAAAUCUCUAGGCAUGGCGCUCUCUCCAUAGAGAAGGGACGUACGGCGAGGGGCCCGAAUUGGGAACGCACAGAGGUGGACGUGAGGGUGUCUGGGGCAUUGGAGAAGGUAGCGACUGAGGUUGCUGUAGGGAUCAAUGUCACCGCGGUUGCGAUCGCAUACGUGAUGCAGAGGGCACCGUAUGUUUUCCCAAUCAUCGGAGGCCGGAAAGUAGAACACCUUCAGGCGAACUUAGCGGCGCUGGAUCAGAUCGAGUACCUGGAAAGCAUCAUGCCUUUCGAUUCUGGGUACAACGAUGAUUGGCGACGGGACCAGCCAUAAUAUAUUCCUUGCCUGACCGCGAAGAUGGCGAAGCAGCCCGCUUUGCAGCCUAUCAUGCCCUGACUGAAUGUAACUCCGAUUCUAACGAGUUACAGGUAUCUUGCAGCUAAACGAAUCGAUUGUAUCUAGUUUUUUAAUUCAAAAAAUACAUAGGACUUGGACCUGCCACGCGGAUGCGCUGGCCCUCUUCAACUA